GAGCGGCGCACACUUCCCCACGUCUGCCCCCACGAUCUACUUCUUCUCACAUCCCUGCUCGCUUACGCGCGUCUGGCACCGACCAAUUUCCGCAUUCCCAAAUCCUCCCGGAGUUCGGGUCACGUUUAAAAGUCGGGCUGAUGCAACGGUUCCCACUUUUUAAAAUCUACUCUCGACCCGCGGCCGACCAGAAGAGAGGACAUCUGUUGCACCCGGGCUCGAAGUCAGCUGUGGUCACGGCCGAGCCUGACGCGAUGCCAGGACAAAUCCCAGAUCCCUCUGUGACAGCGGGCUCCCUGCCCAGCCUGGGCCCGCUGGCUGGGAUCUCGGCCACCACGCUGACUGACGAGUUCAAAUUCGGCGAGCUCCGGGAGUUUGGGACGAUGCUUUCACCCCUGCACUUCCUGGACAGUCUGGGGAAAAGGCCCCUAGUCAUCAAGACGGAGAGAGGCGAAGAAGAAGACCGGAGGACACGAAGGCGAGAGAAAAACAAAGUGGCUGCAGCGCGAUGUCGAAACAAAAAGAAAGAGAGGACAGAUUAUCUACAGAAGGAAUCGGAGCGACUAGAGAUGUUAAACUCUGACCUUAAAGCGCAGAUCGAGGAGCUGAGGCUGGAGCGACAGCAGCUGAUCCUCAUGCUCAACCGCCAUCGCCCCACGUGCAUCGUCAGGACCGACAGUGUCAGAACCCCCGAGGGCGAGGCGAACCCCCUGCUGCAGCAGCUGGACGACAAGUGAGAGCGCAAGGGGGGUUCCCGCUGUUGACAGUAGAGAAGGAGCAGCCAACUAGCAGCACUUAGCUCUGGGCCUCGGCCACGGAGGAGAACCAGCAAAGCCCCCUGAAGCCCAAAAGACACAGAGCGUUACGGCACAAGAUGUGGAUCCAGUAUGAUUGGACACUGUUGUGGCGGUUAAAUGAAACUUUUGACAUCUCUCCCCCGCUCUCCCAUGUAGUUCUCCCUUUGGUCGUCAGAGCUCCGGCCAGCAUCAGUAUGAAGUAAUACAAAAACACACAGCACAUUAUCUUACACUCGUCACAUCCAGCUUGUUUGCUUUAGCGUAGGUUUGUACUUUAUCAGUUCUUCAUUUUAGCCUAAAGGGAAUUGAUUCAGUAUAUUGCAGCAGCUUACAUUGUGUGGUACAGCAUUUCAAUGACUUUUUGUUCCAACAACGGUUUUACUGUAACGUGUGAUCAGGCUACAAAUAGAGGUCUUCAUUGACUGAGGGGUUGCAAUACUUUUCUGUCUUUAUGCCUAGGAUUAUUUCCUUGUUUUGGCUUUGUUAAGAUGCAUUCUGGGAAUCAUGGGAUUUUUUUUUACAGAAAUUCAUCUGGACAACGGCAGUUUGGAGGGAAAUGGGUUGACAUAAUAGAUAUUUUUCCCAAAGUAUAAAAAGGCAACUGCUGGAAUGCAUGAGCAAUCGGAAAACUAACGCAACUAGUUAUAGCUACAGACAGAGUAGUCAGAAGCAUUUUACUGCAAAAUAACCCGAUAGUUAUUCUGGUCAUUUUUCUUCUUACAUACGUUUGAUGGCAGAGCGAUUGAUCCACCCCCCCCCCCCCCCCCCCCUUUUUUCUUUUAUUCACAUGUUUUGGCGCAGGCGUCAUGCACAUAUAUAUGGACUGUUUACAUAGUACUUUAUUUUCUGUUAUCAUAUUGUCACUACCAAUUAUGUUUGUCUUUUUUAUACUUUUGUAUAUGAAAUUAUAUAUGCAUAUAAGCUAUCACAAAAAAUCCCAUUUUGUAUUUCCCUAAAUAAAUUGUUAGUUUCUUUUUU